AUGAGUGUUGUUAAGAAGAGAAGUUAUUACGAUAUAAUAGCGGGCUUGGCCGCGUUCGAGUGUUCCCAGGAAGUUACAUUUAAUCCCCAUGAUUUACAAGAACUGGUAAAACAGCCCGAUGAGUCUCAAAAACCUUCCAACGAUGAGGAUUCUCGUAAGAAAAGAACCAUAGUUCAUGGGUAUCUAGGUGGGAAAGUUGAUAUCAAUGAGGCGUCAAACGCUAGUUAUGAUCUGAGUCAUACACUACUAGGAGGUUACGUACCCAAACGACAGCUAGAAUCACUAUCAAGCAUAGAUUUUGCGCACUAUUUUCAUAAAUCACUCGAAUGUGAAAACGCUUUACAAGUAUACGAUCUCUUUGUCGGUACAGGUUAUGGCCGAAUUCCAGCACAUAUCAAUGGUCGAGAAGCAGUACCAGUCGAGAAUGCAACGACAGCAGAAAGAACUUCCACACCUGCCAAAUCAGUGCGUAAAGUCGUGGUGUGCAAGAGAUGUCGAUCAAGGUUCGCUGGUCCUCGAAGGAUGCAAGAACUAGAGAAACAUGCAUGUAGACAUUCACGAGCCUAA